AUGGUGACCACGACUGACACCGAGUCUGAGGGCACAGUCACCGCGCCGGCGACACCGACAGGUGACAACGAUGCCGGCGGCGAGGCGCCGUCGAUGCAGACGAUGCAGUCUAUGGACGACCUCGGACCACAUGUGGCCGUACUGGAAGCGGCGGAUGCUGGAGCCAUGGCUGCUGCGCUCUUUGCCACAUCGGGUCUUCCCAGGGCUGUGCUUGCUGCCAUCUGGCGCGCAUCAUGUGAAGGCCGGCCCAUGGGCCGCGACUUUGAUGCCUCUCGCCUUCGCCGCGCUCUGCAGCUGGUUGCGCUUGCCCAGGCCGACGAGUCUGUCGCGCCCGAGCUGCUCGAGAGUGAAGCUGUGAAUGAUCUGCUGCGUCCACUGGAAGACCGCCAGCCAGUCUUCGACCACAAGCCCGCCGCCGAGGCCGCCGCAAGUUCGGAGCACGAGUUGUCCGAAGACGAUGAUGAUGUCGAUGCCAAUGCCGACGCUGAUCCCGAUCCCGAUGCUCGCGCCGUUGCCGACACCGAUGUGGCUGCGGCUGCUACCGCAGACGCUGCUGGGGCCUCUCCUGGUGACUUUUAUCCUCAGGCCGGCGAUCGCGCUGGUGAAUUCGAGGGUCUUGAUGCUACGCUUGCCCGUGCCAACGCGUGGCUUGCCUCUAACGUCGGUCUCUUGCAGUUUGUCUCCAUCCAGACUAUUCUCCUCCCGGAAAACUAUUUGCCGCCUGCCGCCGACUCGAUCAACGUCCUCCGCGACAUUGCCACAGCUGGCUCCAUCCUCAUCUACCCAUCGCAGUCUGCCGGCUACCUCAUCAAGACCUUCCAGGUUGUCCGCGUCUGGUACCAGAUCGCCGCCUAG